AUGGAUCGAAUUCUCAUCUGGGUGUUCCCCAUUUUGAUCUUCCUCGUUCUUCCAAAGUCCAAUUCAGAAGAUGAAAAUGUCAAAAAGGCACUGCUGCAAUUCAUGGAGAAACUUUCAGCAGGACAUGAGCAAAAUGAUCAGAAUUGGGGUUGGGACAUCAAUUCGGAUCCCUGCAAUAGCACAUGGAAAGGUGUGGACUGCUUGGGAUCGCAAAAUGUUAAGAGGAUUGUUCUUAAUAAGUUCAACUUAACAGGAAUAUUUGAUGCUGCUUCUGUCUGCACAGCGAAGUCUCUUCAUGUCUUGAGCCUGAAAGAGAAUAAUAUUUCUGGCUUCAUACCUGACGAGAUAGGAAGUUGCAAACGUCUAAGCCACUUGUACGUAGGCGGGAACCGAUUUACUGGUUAUAUUCCUGACACUAUUUCCCAGUUACGUAACUUGAAAAGGCUUGAUAUAUCCAACAACAACUUCUCUGGUGAGCUUCCUGAUAUGUCCCGAGUAUCAGGCCUGCUAACCUUCUUUGCUGAAAACAAUCAGCUCAGUGGGGCAAUACCGGAUUUUGAUUUCUCCUAUCUCAAGGAAUUCAGUGUCGCCAACAAUAAUUUCAGUGGUCCAAUUCCUGAUGUCAAAAGCAAGUUUGGGGCAGACAGCUUCACAGGUAACCCUGAAUUAUGUGGGACACUAUUAUCAAAAGCCUGCCGACCAUCCCCUCCACCGUCAAAAAAGGGAUCAAAGCACUCAUCAGCUGAUCGGUUCCUUAUCUUCUCAGGCUAUAUACUACUUGCCGUGGUUGUGCUGCUCAUAUUUGCUUUAUAUUUAUUUAAGAAAAAUAAAUCUAAGGAAGAAACGGUUAAGGUAGUCAAGAUGGGGAAGGUAGCUAAUGCGAGUGAAGAGCCUAGUAGAACUUCAAGUGAAUCCAAGACUGGUGGUAGUAGAUCAGAGUAUUCAAUAACAUCCGUUGAGGCUGGAACGACAUCAUCAUCACUUGUGGUUCUUCCCAGUCCUGUGGUGAAGGAUUUGAAAUUUGAGGACUUGCUUCGAGCUCCAGCUGAGUUGCUAGGUAGAGGAAAGCAUGGAAGUUUAUACAAGGUCAUGCUCGAUAAUGCUACGAUCUUGGCACUGAAAAGGAUCAAAGACUUGGGGAUUUCUGCAGAAGACUUCAAGAGCAGAAUCCAGAGGAUAGACCAAGUGAAGCAUCCCAGAGUAUUGCCUCCAGUAGCCUUUUAUUGCUCCAAGCAAGAGAAGCUCCUGGUAUACGAGUAUCAGCAGAAUGGCAGUCUCUUCAAGCUUCUCCAUGGAUCCCAGAAUGGUCAAGUAUUUGACUGGGGAAGCAGACUCAAUGUUGCAGCUACUAUUGCAGAGUCCUUAGCAUACAUGCACGAGCAGCUUCAAGAAGGUGGGAUUGCUCACGGGAACCUGAAAUCCACCAACAUUUUAUUCAACAAUAAAAUGGAGCCCUGCAUUAGUGAAUAUGGUCUUAUUGUGGUUCAAGGCCAAGACCAAGACCAAUCAUUCCUUUCCCAGUCUGAUAGCUUCAAGUUGGAUGUUUAUGGCUUUGGUGUGGUUCUUCUUGAGCUUUUGACAGGGAAACUAGUCCAAAACAAUGGCUUUGAUUUGGCAAGUUGGGUGCAUUCAGUGGUUAGAGAAAAAUGGACAGCUGAAGUUUUUGACAGGGCCUUGAUCUCAGAAGGUGCUUGUGAAGAGAGGAUGUUGAACCUGUUGCAGGUAGCAUUGAAGUGCAUAAAUCCAUCUCCAAAUGAGAGGCCAAGCACAAACCAAAUUUCAGCUAUGAUAAACACAAUAAAAGAGGAUGAAGAGAGAUCCUUUAUUUCAGAUCCAUGAUUAAACUAUGCCAUGGAAGUCGAGUCCACAUUAGUAAUAAAAUAUUAUACAAUUUGGUCAU